AUGGACCAACUUCCUGUGGCCUUGAAAGCUCCUGCUGCCACCAAGACUCAACUGGAGCCGAACGGAGAACAAGAUAUACAAGACAUUGCGGUAUAUCCUAGCUUGAUCCUCCCCAUUCAAACCAGCGCUGCAGUCGAUGCAUCUUUGAUUUUGCUUGCUGCAGAUCUCGCAUGUAACCCUGAGGCCUACACGAGCUCUACUAUGGCAUACGUCAUGCCUUUUGUUGGUUUUGCUUCGUACCUCUUUGCUCGAUUAGGAGACUUCCGCUUAGCUCAGGGACUCGGACGAUGGGGAAUCCUCAAGCCACUCGCAUUCACGGCGAAUGAACUGCCUUUGACUGUGUCYUGCCUGGCGUGUCUGUUCGCCGUCAGAGCAGGGCUUGCCUGGAUAGUGGAGAAUCUUACCGAAUAUCCCAUUCUGUGCCUUGUACUGCUUCAACCAACUACAGCCACCGUGAUCCUUGAUAACAGUCGACUGGAAACCUUCGAUCGAUACUCUCAGAAAUACACUGGUAGUCUGGUCCCCACACUCGCCAAAGCUCAGGGUCUAAUGUACAUUCUUGGGUACUUCUACCUACGACGUGUAGAGCGCAACACAGUCAGAUGA